GUAUAUGCACAUAUGUUCUCUUACAUAGCUGCCCAUCAAUCUAUACAGCUACCCCCAGCGUGGUCUUGUAACCGUUGUAUGAGCUAUCGUUUCUGACGGAUUGGAUCCCCACCGCUCGAACCUUCGAAACAUCUGCUUCGUUCCUUCUUGUGUCUACCAGAAGACCUACUUUGUCGCGGACUAAACAUCCGUCCACUGAAGCAUUGGGCGUUGGAAGAUCUCAGAAUCAAGCAGAUUGUGUGAUUCGCACCUUUUCGCUAAUGCCCGAGAAAGACCAAACCACAAACGGAGAUUACGAAUAUAUCCACUAUCAUACAUUCGAAGCAGUCGAUCAUGACAGAUCUAUGUCUUGGGAAGCUGGUGAUGGCAUGGUACAUGUUGGUGUGAAGGUCAUGAAACCGCAGAAGACCGAUAUAGAUGCACGCGACGUUACUCUUCUUGAAGGGCAAAGUGUGAUCGUUUACGAGAUGAAGUUCAGAUUGGCCAAAAAGGCUGCUACUUAGGAAACGCUCUCGACCAUAUUUCAGUACCCUUUUCGAAACUGAUCAAUAUUGCCAGUC